UUGGGUAGAGGGGUUUGAAUUGUGAUUGUGAUGGGUUAGAGUGUAGAGAAAACGCUAUGGCUGAUAUUACUUUCAAUGCGAAAAAGUUAAUCGGAGUUGAAUAUCCAGGAAUAGUGAAAAAUGUUGAAAAGAUGCUUUAUUCUUUAGGAGGUGAAAAAUCUUUGUCAAAGGUAUACUCAGAACCUUCUCGUCGCUUAGAGUUACGUUAUCGACCAAAUGAUAUCUAUUGCAAAUGUGGGCAUGGUGACAGAUUCAAUACAACAAAUCUUCUAAUGAAAGUUGUUCGAAAAAAGGUGAAGAGGGCAGUUGAUGAAAAUUCCUUGUCAGAAUCUUCAGAUUGUUACACAUACAGAGUUGAUAUUAUUGGUAUUGUAGACACCACAUACAGGUUUAAAGGAAUGAUGGACUUUCAAUAUUUGCCCAUGAAAAUCAAUCCUGGUGGCCAGUAUAGAUCACUUAUUCCUAGCCUCGUUCCAACUGGCAUUCAACUUUGUAAUUGGUUACAGAAAGAAGCAGAAAUUUUCAUUCAACCACCACUCUUUUCUCGACUUGACAUGCCUACAAAUUAUCACUACAGAAGAGAUCCAACUCAUCGGAAUUCUAGUCAUCACUUGUCUACAAAACAUCAUCCACCAAAUAUUAUUGGAAGAACUCGAAAACGGAGGAGUGGGUUUGCCAUAUUUAUGAAUUUUGAAGACAAGAGAGAUGUUCCUCAAAAACCAGCAGAUCAGGCUUUGAAACAGAUAAAACUUCAUCACCCAGAAUCAGAUAUUGUGGAGAAAGUCCAAAAGCUCUUCCAGGAGCGUCCAGUUUGGUCAAGAAAUGCUCUAGUUGCAGUGAUGGGAUGUGAACGAACUGUCAUAAAGUUUAUUUUGCCAAUUUUUUCAUACUACCAUCUCACAGGACCAUGGAGAAGCUUUUGGGUGAGAUUUCAGUAUGAUCCAAGAAAAGAUCCAUUAGCCAAACAAUACCAGACUCUUGACUUCCGUGUUAAACUACUGGGACCAUCACAUGAUGUAGGAAUUAAGUCCAAAAGAAGUGCUUACAACUACAAGCUUCCAACAAAGUUUAGCCGACCAGGUGAUCGGGUUGCCACAAUUCAAACUCAGAGUUUCUCUCUUUCUAGAGAUGAAGAGCCAGAAGACAAACAUGGAGAAGAGGAGAUGAACAGAAAACUGAGCUACAAAUUCAUCCCAGGACUUCUGCCACCUUGCCGCCAGAUGUUCUAUCAGCUCUGUGAUAUAGAAGAACCAAAAGUUCAGGCCCUGGUUCAUCAGAAUGAUGAUCAAAGUCCUGAAGAGUGCCAUCCAAAAGAAGGGUGGUGUGUGCCUGGUGUUCUCGAACAGUGUCGAGAAAUUAUGCAAGAAUCUUUGCAAGAAACUUUGAAGAAGAUUAGACUAAAAACACAUGAAGAGACAUCUUUAAAUGAAGCUGAGUUGAAAGAGGAGGAAGAUUUAGAGGAUCUGGAAGAUGAUGCUGAAUUUUCAGACCAAGAAAUAGAUGCUGGUGAAAUUGAGGAAGUAAUGGAAUAUAUGAAUACAGAAUAGCUUAGUGAACUGAGUUGAACUUCUGACUUGAAGACAAACUCAAAGAAAAGCUGUAAUAAUCUAUUAUUUAAAACACUUUUGUACAACUAGAAAAUAAAAUUCUGUGUUUGUGAAA